AUGAGCCUCAAAUUUUUCAUCGUUGACGCUUUCGCUGGAGAGCCGUUUUCAGGAAAUCCAGCUGCUGUUGUCUUUUUAGAGAAAAAGCUUGAAGAAGAAGAGUACCUAAAGUACAGCGCAGAGUUUAACCUUUCCGAAACGGCUUUUCUUCUUCCGCUUGAAGGCAAGAGUCUAAAUUUGAAUGAGAAUCCAACGAGAUUCUCUCUCCGCUGGUUUACGCCCACUGUUGAAGUAAAUCUUUGUGGUCAUGCGACGCUAGCAGCUUGCGCGGCAUUGGAAGCUUUUGGAAUUGUUGCAAAUGAGUUCGAAUUUGAAACACUUUCGGGACUUCUCAAAGGUGUUAAAGAUGAAGAAAACUGGUGCCUUCAAUUUCCAUCGAAUCCUCCAGCGGAAAUGGAGAAAACCUGGCACUCUGAAGUAACAAAUUCAAUCUUUGAUGACAAUGACGUCGUUUCGAAGAUUUUCUAUUCUAGCGCGACGAAAAAGAUGAUCAUCGUUCUUGAUGAAGAGCUUCCAAUUGAUUUCUUGAGAAAUCUUCAAGUCGAUUCUACGAGGAUGUUUGAAAGCUGUCCAAGUGGCGAGGUUGUUCGAGGAGUAUCAAUAACAAAAGCUGUAAAAGAAGAUGAGAACCUGGACUUUGUCUCGAGAUACUUUUCACCGUGGAACGGGAUCCCAGAGGAUCCAGUUAAUGGCUCGUCGCAUACUAAUCUCGCGCCGCUCUGGGCGAAGCUGCUCGGCAAAGUUCAGCUCAGGGCGAAAAUGGUGUCUAAAAGAGGAGGAGAUCUAUCUUUACAAGUGAAAGAAAAAGAAGUUAUGAUAGGAGGACCGUCCAAUCUCUUUGCAUCUGGCCAUGUGUGUGUUGAAAUUUAA